GUUCUGUACAACUCCUGGAUGAUGAGGCUCACUCACUCCAUCGCAUGCAGGGGUGGAGACAAGUUGUGAGAUGUUGGAUCCUGGGAGGAGCCUCACCUACGGGGACUAAUCGCUUCCCCGGUAAGAUUCUGUCCCAACUUUACUCUAUCCGAUGACUCCAGAGCAGGCCCGGGAACUCAAAUUGAGGUUAGGAAUUGUGAAGAUCUUUCCUCAACACACUACCGAUCGUGACAAUGUUCAGCAAUCACGCACUCAUGUUUCUUAGGCCGAAUCACCCGAGCCUAACCAUCUCUGAAUUUCUGAUGAGUUCAAGGACAGACCAUAGGAAAGAGACGACGGUGAAAGCACCAACAGGGGGCUUGUCAGGGACUAGUCUCCAGCUGGGCCACUUCCUGUGGUCCUCAGCUACCACUCACAAUCAUUAGUAGGGGCGAGGGACAGUUUGGAGUGAAAUGGGAGCUUUAACAUUUCUUCCACCGUGCGAGCUCUUCCAGUGCACGGAAUCUUAUAUAAAGAAGCCUAUUUCUCUCGACUCUCUCUUUCUCAUCAUAAGUCUCAUCUUCCACACCUUCGAAGCACCCGCUAAUAAGUUGGCGAAUUUCUACAAAUGACAGUUCCAAACAUUGUUAAGCUACUUGCUCCGUUGGGUGCCCUUUAUGGGCUUAGCCCUGCUGCACUCCCGGCUGCUAAUUGCGUGAGUUUCCUUUUCUAAUAGUUUUUGCUGCCGGGUGUGAUGCUGGUGGUGAUGGUGAUGAUGAUUUGCAGUGCUAUCUCUUGGAAGCUGCUCUCCCGGUCAAUAUCCUGAGCAUUGGAACUUCCAAUUAUACCACAGUAAAUAAUGAUUAUUAGUGUAUGUUUGUUGCAUUCCCGGGUUAGAUCUUCACUAUCUGACUCGAUGAAAAUAGUAACUUCCACCGUCCUUUCCCCAAGCUGCAUCUUCUCCCCAACUAGUUCGCAGGAGGGCUCCCAGGCCAUGAAGCUUUUUACCGACUACUAAUGCAAGUUUGCCGUCCGUGGAGGGGGUCAUUCUGCCCUUCCCGGUGCCCCAAACACCAACGACGGCAUUCUCAUCGUCACCGAAGGGCUCAACGAGCAUACACUCAACAACGAAAACUCUCUCUUGCUCGGUGAUGGACUCACUUGAGGCGUGGUCUACGGCUACCUCGGACCUUACCAUGAAGCUGUUGUCGCCAACCGUUACUACCCCGUCGGAACCAGGUUGCUCUUGGGUGCUGGCCUCUCCUUCGGAAAUGAGUUACGACUAGCCAUCGACAACGUCAAGACUUAUGAAAUUGUCCUGUACAAUGGUACCAUUAUCUAGGCUAAUUCAACCUCUGACCCCAAUCUUCACCCUGCGCUUAAGGGUGGUGGCGAUAACUUUGGUUUCAUCACCAGAUACGAGCUCAUUACCCUUGACACCCCCGACUGGAUUUGGGGUGGUAUGGUUUAUUGUAACUGCUCCCAGUUGUCUCAGCUCGAGGGCGUCCUCUAUGACUACCACGUAGAUAUUGCAGUCAACGAUGUAAAGACCCACGUUCUCCCUCAAAUUUGGUUUCAAUGGGACCACCAAUGAGACUAUCAACUUCUUCCCCAUCUUUUACAACAGCGCGCUAAAUUCCAUCCCCCCCGCUCUCCAACCCCGGGUCAACGCUCAGCCGUACAAAAACACUAUGCGCCCGAUCCAGGGUGUUGACCUCGCAACUGAGUUUGACGCCGGAUCCGCCUCCGGAUUUGUUCAGGUGCAGAGGACAUUCAAGGUCUACGUGGAUAAACUAUUCUUCCACGACUUGUGGUAUCAAUUCCAGGUCUGGCUUCAGGGAUACAAACAGAUUCCCGGCUUCUACGGGCUAUACUCUAACAUGUCUGUCACACCUAAUGCUGUUCAGCAGGGUGUUCUCAAGGGCAGAAACAUCCUCGGCAUGGAAGGUGCUGGCAACCGGACUUUGCCAUGCCCCCUCCCUUCUGCUUGCCCUGUGGAAUUAAUACUAAUGUUUGAUAGCCCUGUACUUUGGCUUAACCUUCAACAAUCCCUCCGACACAGAUACAAUCUUCUCAGCCUUCACUAUAUUCGUCGAGUCGAUGAUGAGUCUCGCUGAGCAGCGGAAUGUUCGCCACCCAUACAUCUAUGUCUCUCCCCCAUUACUUUUCUCACAAUGCUAAAACCCCUCCCCUCUUAGUAUGUGGUCCUACGCCGGCCAUGACGCAAAGGUCAUCGAAGCCUACGGCGAAGGAAACAUCAACUUCCUCUGCCGCGUCAAAGAGGAUUAUAAUCCGUUGGAACUUUUACCAACCUUAUCUCAGGAGGCUUCAAGCUUCCCGCCCCCGGAUAUUAGAGUUAGACCUCCUUUCCCCACGGUCCAGGAUAGACUUAAGAUGAGUCUUUCUUAUUGGGGCGGAUUUUUCUGUUUUUCGGAACUGUUAUUCUUCUUCUUUGCCUCCAAUCUUGGAGGAUUUACCUCGGGGUUUCAUUGGUUCUUUAUUUGA